AUCUUUUUGAUCACUUUUAACACGGGCAAGUUAGACUUCUUAAAAAAAUACGAUAUGAGUUUCUACAUCUCACAUUCGAAUAAAAAUAUCGCGAAUUGGUUCUGAUGUUACUCUCAAAAAAAAUUUUUUAGAGUUUUAGUUUUUUCAAAUGCUUCAUUGUUGUGGUAAUAAUUUUUACUUACCUGACUAUAACUCAAUUUUAAUCCAGAAAUUUGAAGUUUUAUUUUUAUUACUGAACGUGAGAAACUUGCCUGUAAUUCUUGCUGUCUUACCACACAUGUUUGGCGGAAUACGAGUGGUGUAUGAGAACGUACUGUGGUGAAGCACAUUUCACCGAUAAGAUAAGAAUUGAAUCAACAGUAUUUGAGAUAACCUGCUUGAUCAGCAGUCACGUAUUGACAGACUAAUCACUGCGUUGGAUUGUACUGAUGUGACUGUACUCGCCAUCCCUCUGGAUUAUAACCUGUACAGUUUUACAAUUAUGGAGAGAUUUCAUACCUUCUCAGCAAAAUUGACUUCUUGGCACACAAGCCUCAGACGGAAAAUAAAAUUCACCAAUCGCAACUGGAACCUUCCUCUACUGAUUCCGCUGGGAGUUUGUGGAUUUAUACUGUUCAGAGAGUUCUUGGUGUACUUUGUAUGGUCUUUGCUUUGGCCAUCAAUGACUUGUGGAAUCAUCCGGGAGUUACAAUCGGUCCUGUUAGUAGCAAGUCCUCGGAUCCUGGGGGAGGGCACAGAGACAUGGUUUUCCCGCUGGAACGAUGACAGGUACCUGAGGCGGUCGUUUGCCGCCGCUGUCCGCCACGUGAAGCCCGACCUCAUCAUUUUCCUGGGCGAUUUGAUGGACGAAGGCAGCUUAGCCAAUGACGAGGAAUAUCAGAGAUAUUUCGAGAGGUUCAAGGAGAUAUUUCAACUUGACUAUAUUCCAGCUAGUAAGACUGUGUUCCUUCCUGGAGAUAGUGACAUCGGAAGGGAUCUAAUAAUUACAGAUCAGAGGAAGAAGCGCUUCAAACAUCAUUUCAGGUCUCCAACAGUACAGAGUCUAGCAAACAUUCAAAUAAUACAGGUGGACAGGCUACAGCAGUCACUGCCACCGUCAUCAUUGGAUAGCAACUGGACCAGGAUUGUAGUCUCACAAUCGCCUCUUCUGGCUGCGCCGGAUACUUUUACAGCAAAGGUGCUUCAAGGGUUACGUCCCCACGCAAUAGUAUCUGCUCAAGAUUAUACGGACAUGUCACCCGAGGACGAGGCUCUGGUUCAGUUCAGCGGAGAUGUCACCACGGGGGAAGCGGCUGACUGUGGAGACCAUGACCGCCAACUGGUGCAUCUGGGGAUCACCACCACACGGGGCACCCUCUUGGAGAUUCCAGUGGUCUAACCGACAAGUUGUGGAGAUUGUGGUGCCAACAUGUUCUAGCAGGAUUAGAAUAGCAGAGAGAGGAUAUGGAGUUGCAAUCAUUGGUAA